AGAUAAUGUGUGGCUCGCGGUCCUCUUCUAGUGUAACCCGGACUCCGUCCUCUGCUCCUGUGUUUCAACGGUGUCUGCCAGAGGGCUUUUCUGGGUGUCCACCGUUGUGCAGGUUGGAAAGUGUCAUGGCAGCGUUCAAAGGAAUAUGGACCAAAGGGUUCUGGCGGGCCGUGUCUGGGGAGUUCUUGGCCACUCUCAUCUUCGUGCUGCUCAGCCUGGGCUCGACCAUCAACUGGUCCACGGACAAAGAGAACCCGCCCCCGGCUGACCUGGUGCUGAUAUCCCUGUGCUUUGGACUGAGCAUCGCCACCAUGGUCCAGUGCUUUGGCCACAUCAGCGGAGGCCACAUCAACCCGGCUGUCACGGCAGCCAUGGUGGUGACCAGGAAACUUAGCCUGGCCAAGGCUGUGUUCUACCUGAUGGCACAGUGCCUGGGAGCCAUCGCCGGGGCAGGAAUACUCUACCUGGUCACUCCCAGCACUGUGAGAGGGGGAUUUGGUGUUACCACGGUGAAUGCUGACCUCUCCGUGGGCCACGCUCUCGUCGUUGAACUUGUCAUCACGUUUGAGCUGGUCUUCACUGUCUUUGCCACAUGCGACCCCAAGCGGAACGACUUGAAAGGUUCAGCCGGCCUAGCCAUAGGAUUCGCCGUAUGCAUCGGCCAUCUGUUUGCAAUCCCGUACACCGGCGCCAGCAUGAACCCUGCACGCUCCUUUGGGCCUGUUGUCAUCACGGGGAACUGGGAAAAUCACUGGGUGUACUGGGUAGGCCCAAUUCUUGGUGGGAUUAUGGCGGCUGCGCUCUACGAGUAUCUGUUCUGCCCUGACACGACAAUGAAGAAAUCCCUUGGCGAAAUGUUUGUUGUCAAAGACAGCAACUCGGGGAAGUACAAGGAAGUGGAAUGUCCUCACGGGCAGUACAAUGGAGAGCGCGAUGACCUGGUCAUCAAGCCCGGAUCAUUCCUCAACACCGUGGACUUGGACAAGAGGGGCAAGGAGGAGGCCUUCCGAGAGUCCCACGGGGAGGUGCUGUCCUCAGUAUGACUACCACGUGCACUGGAGAUGGAGACCAACCUGUAGAGCCGUUUGCUUUUUUAUGACAAUACAUUACAUUCGGCAUUGCCACAUUACAUUAUAUUUACCCAAAGCCACUUACAAACGAAGACAUACGUAAUUAAUAGCAUGAUACAUGCAGAAGUACAGAGUACAUACAGGCCAAGCAGGGUUUGUGAUUUCUUGGGAGGGUGGGUUUUGAGUUUGGUGCAUAAGAGUUUAGCAUGAGAGAUUGAUGCAUCAGAGGUUAGUGCAUGAAGUAGUCCUGUCGGAAAGGGGUCUUUAAGAUUGAAAGAAAUGACUCGAGUCGUCUAGCCGCUGGUAGCUUGUUUCACCACUGAGGGACAAUGACAGUGAACAGUCUGGACUGGGAGUGGGAUCUCUCUGUGCGAGAUGGAGGCAAGGCUAGACGGUUCACGUCGGAGGAGUACAGCAUACUGGAGGGAACAUAUGUAUGGCUUGGCUUCAGCCUUCAGAUAAGCUUCUGACGUAGAUUUUCAGGAAAGAGUCAGGGCCUUAAUUUAGGUUGUCACUGGUUGCUUGUGAAAAAAUACAAGAGUAUGGGUUGAUGGAAUGCCAGAUGUGCUGCUGCAUUUUAGACCAUUUGCACAAUACACACAAGCAGGCAGACCAGCCAGCAUGGAGUUGCAGUAGUUAAGACAGGAGAUGACCGUGACCUGUUUCAGGAGCGGUGUGGUAUAUUGGUUCAGGUAUGGUCUUAUCUGAUAUUCUUCAGCACAAAGUGGCAUGCUCAAGUGACCGAAGUGAUGUGGGUGAUUAGGUUCAGCUGUAGGUUGUGUUGCUUCAUCCAUGUUGCCAGGUCAUAUGGAAACAUAUGGAUUCAUAUGACAUCUGAAAUGAAAGGCGCAUCUGGGUACCACCAGCACAGCAGUGAUCGGAAAGCCCAUAUGGUCACAUUGCAUAUCCCAGUGAGGUGGGGUACAUAGCGAAAAGAAGAGGUCACAGCAAUGACACUUGGGGCAUCCCUAUGGUUAGGGUGUGAGUUGAAGACAGUCGACCUUGUCAUGACACAUUGACAGAGCGUCCAGAGAUGUAACAUUUGAACCAGGAAAGAGCAACACCCCUGAUCCCCAUACUCGAGACUAUCCUAAGAUGUAUCUUGAGUAACACUUUAGAAUAACAGUCUUUAAAAAGCGUUAUAAACACUUGGUAAAUAAUUAGCUAAUUAUCAACAAAAUAUUUGCAAAUAUUUGCAAAUGAGUACGAAAUACUAUAUUAACACAGAAGACACAGUACAGCCAUAAAGGAAAUUUGUCCUCCAAAGAGCAAAAGCGAAGGAACCUCUAGAUAUAGGAGUGUGAGACAAAUACACAUCAAACUCAACUUGCAUGAAUCGAUUCCCACACCGCUGUGCAGCUGUAAGUUGGUUCUUACUCAUUUGCAAACAUUUGUUUAUAAUUAGCUCAGUAAUGAUUAUUGAUUAAGUGUUAAUACACUUUUUUAAGGGACUGAUGAUUCUAAAGUGUUCCUGCAUCUUGUGGUUGGCUGUGUAGGAUGAGAAUGGACUAUAGUCCUUCAGGUCUUGCCAUCCUCAGAACAUCCGGCAGUCAGGCAGUUUCAGUUCAAUUCCCACUUCUGAGCCUGGACUGUUUUGGAUCCAGUGUGUGGUUCCGAUUUAGGAAGUCAGUGACCUCUUUUACAAUUACCUACUUUUGAUAUGGGGCGAGUUCUCAACUUGUGCUGGUGUUUACCUGUUUACCGGUGGCCUGGCAUGGUUCUGCCAAUUGUCUACCAACUACGCAGAAAAUUGUGCAACAUUUUGUUGCCUCAAGGAGGUUUGCUCCCUCGCUCCUCUCCCUCUCUCUGGACAUUUGCCAAAGUGUAUUUUUUCCACAGGAUAGCCCUGUGCUGUUCAUGCAAUACAAGUCAUUUCUGGAUGCCCCAUACCCACCCACCCACUCCCUCGUUGACAAUGAUGUUGAAAAUUACCAUUCUGCCAGUUCCCAUUAAUUAAAUAGCUGGCUGUUUUUGAUGUUGAUUGGAUGAUUUUUUUUGUUAUGUCUUAAUUAACCCUAUUAACCAUCUAGGUGGCACAAAGUGAGCCAUAAAUUGAUGGUGGCAAAUACCGAAAGAAUUUUCACGUUAAAAAGAAGAAAGCUGGUUACAACAGCAAGAAACAUGUAAAAACAUCACAUUCCAUACGUCAUCUAACUCAGCUGAAAGGUUCAACUUAUUGCCUUAAUAAUCUCGGAUUAGUGUCUGGUUUCAUUCAUCAGGUUUCAUGACAUCAUGGCCAUUAAGCGAAUCACAAUCCCCCAUGGUAUGACGGAAAAGAAAUUGAGGUAUGCGGCCGAUCCACGACAGGUUGGAAUUCUCAUGACCAUCCCAUGGCCAGUGUGUGUACACGCUGGCUGUUUUCACCUUCUCCAUUUGCAGUGCACAGAUUGUUGGACUUUUUAUUAUAUAAUGUUGAAGCUACGUCCUUUCGCAGCAUCAUGUGAUUUUGUUUCCGUUAUAAUGAUAUAGCCAUGUCGUUAUCCGCCUCACCAGUUGCCUGUAGCAAGUUUUUUUUCUCACACUAUGGAAUACGUUUUUCAUGUGUUCAGGUGUUGUUAAUAUGUUUGUAUGUAUAGAAAAUGAUAGACGUGCCAAUGAAGUUGAAUCCUCUAUUCUCAACAUUUCAGGGAGUAAUAUAAAGGAUAUAACUAUAUAUUUUAUGUACCGUAUUUUUAAAUAUUAUUUUUGUGACGAAAAGCUGUGACAAACCUUGCAUAAUAUUUUUUGUUCAGUGUGGAUUCUUUAAGCCACUUUUGUCAAUAAAUACCUUAGUACAGUAAUGUU